AUGGCGAUCGUUGCUAGGUACGGAAAGCCUGACUUAUUUAUAACGUUUACUUGCAAUCCGCGUUGGCCGGAGAUUCGAGAUAAUUUAGAGGGUCGGCAGAAGUGGGAACAUCGUCCUGAUCUGGUCUGUAGGGUGUUCAAGAGAAAAUUGGACGCAUUUAUUGACGAUAUUGUCCACAAACAGAUAUAUGGAAUUGUUUUAUCGUAUAUGUAUGUCAUCGAGUUUCAGAAAAGAGGUCUUCCGCAUGCUCACAUAACGGUAACUUUUAUGCCUGACGAUAAAUUACUCACUGUGGAAGAUGUGGAUGCUGUAAUUUCUGCGGUUAUUCCCGAUCGACAGGUUCAACCGGAAAUGUAUGCUUUGGUUGCAGCCAAUCACUUACAUUGUUCGGGUAGGCCGCACGAUGAAACGGCUCCAUGUAUGACAGACGAUCGGGAAGGACGAAGAUCUUGCUCGAAAUUUUUUCCGAAACCCAAUAGGGACGUUACUGUUUUAAAUUUGAGGAAAGCGUCUGGAUUCGCGGAAUAUAGAUGA